CACAUCUUCCAUCACCCAGAGUUCUAAGCUUUACUUAAUAACAAUCUAGAGACUUGUCUCCACUCUGGAAACCUCAAAUAAAUUCCAGGGUAGAGACGUUCAAUAAAAAUGGCUGCAAAAGCAGCGGUUGCCGGGCUCGCUGCCAUCCUCGUGGUGGCUAUGGUUGUCGCUGUGGCAGUUGGUGUUACAAAGAGAGAAAGUGAAUCAGGCUCCAUCAGUGCCGGCUCUACCAAGGCCGUGCAGAACAUUUGCGCCCCCACUGACUACCAAGACACUUGUGAACAGAGCCUUUCGAAUGCUAACACCACAGACCCGAAGGAGCUGAUUAAGGCCGCAUUUGAAUUUACCGAGAAAAAUAUAGGCGACGUGAUCAAGAACUCGCCUCUGUUCAAAGAAGCAGCAAAUGAUGAUGGCACCAAACAAGCAUUGGCGAUCUGCCAAGAAGUGCUUGACACAGCCAUUGAUGAUCUCAAGAGGUCAUUCGACAAGGUUGGUGAAUUCGACGCCUUGAAGGCCAAUGAGUACCUUGAGGACCUCAAGACGUGGCUUAGUGCUGUAAUCACGAACCAUGAAACUUGCAUUGAUGCCUUUGAGAACACCACAGGCGACACUGGGGAAAAGAUGAAGAACGUGCUGCAAACUGCCAGGCAGAUGUCGAGCAAUGGCCUUGCCAUGGUAUCCAAUAUGUCAUCAAUCUUUACGUCGUUACAGGUGGGGAGCUCUGCCAGCCGGAAGCUUCUCUCCGAGGAAGAAGCCGACCUAUUCAUAUCCAUGAAACAAAGGAGUCUCAUGGGGUUGCAGCCCAAUGCCGUGGUGGCCCAAGAUGGAAGCGGGCAGUUCAAGACCAUUAGCGCCGCCAUUGCAUCUGUGCCUCAGAAGAAUAACCAACCGUUCGUGAUUCAUGUGAAGGCUGGUGUGUACAAGGAGUAUGUCGAAAUCCCCAAGAAGGUGAACAAAAUUGUAUUAAUCGGAGAUGGUCCAUUGAAGACAAGAAUUAGUGGGAGAAAGAACUAUGCUGAAGGUGUUAAGACCUACCACACUGCCACUGUUUCUGUUAAUGCUGACGAAUUCUUCGCAAAGGACAUCGGAUUUGAAAACACAGCCGGUCCCCAGGGACACCAAGCCGUGGCCCUACGCGUCUCUGGCGAUCGUGCCAUCUUCCACAAUGUCCACAUUGACGGCUAUCAGGACACUCUCUACGCUCACACCUACCGCCAGUACUAUCGCGACUGCUCCAUCUCGGGCACCAUCGACUUCAUCUUCGGCGACGCCCAAGCCCUUUUCCAGAACUGCAAAUUCGUGGUGCGGAAGCCAGGGCCCAACCAGGCCUGCAUGGUCACCGCCCAAGGCCGCGUCGAGCGCCACAGUCUGGGCGCCACGGUUAUCCAGAAUGGCGAUUUCGUGGCUGAGCCAGCAUUGCUUCAGGCUGCACCACCCGUUAAGGUUUACCUUGGCCGCCCAUGGAAGCAGCUCUCAAGGACCAUUAUCAUGCAAUCCAACAUUGGCGGGUUCGUUUUACCUGAAGGUUGGUCGGUAUGGGACGGAAAUUUCGCUCUGAACACACUGUACUAUGCAGAGUACCAGAACCGCGGGCCAGGGUCGGAUACGAAGAACCGGGUGCAGUGGCCGGGGAUCCAACACUUCAGUCCACAAAUGGCUGAGAGCUGGACGGGAGCGAAAAUGUAUCAAGGGGAUGAGUGGAUUAGGAACUCUGGGGUUCCAUACGUACCUACCAUGAUGAAAGUCUAAUAAGUUGAUUUCCUAACAAUUUUUGCAGGUUUUCGUCGUCUAGCAACUAGAGCUCUUCCUUAUGUUCUAGUAACAAUUUGUAUGAUUUUUAAACCUUUCUUGGAGAUUCGUUGACAGCAUAGAUUCUCUAUUUUGUAAGAAAAAUUGUACAAAUUAUAGGUGAUGCUUACCUUGCUCCAAUAUUACCACACUUUUCUUUUAUCUA